AAAUGGUUUGUGUUUAUACUUUCCAUCAUUAUCCAUUUGUCAAUGUCUAACAUGAAUAUAGCUCAAGUCAAUGAAGCUGUUGAUGAUGAUGGUGAAGAAUUUGAAUAUGAAAGCUCCAUUCCAACCCAAUGUAGUCAAGGUGAUUAUCAUAUCAGUUCAAGUACUCAAUUGGAACAAUUGUAUGAAUGUGAUGAUAUUGUUGGUUCUGUUAUCAUUAAUAACUAUCAAGGUCCAACUAUUGAUACUGGUGACAUCAAAACCAUUUCAGGUGAUUUUAUUGUUUCAAAUGCUUCAAAUUUGGUUAGAAUAAACAUUCCAAAAUUGGCUGUUAUUGGUGGUAGAUUUUCAUUGAGUGAAUUGACAAGUUUAACAUCUGUUCAUGCACCUACAUUAACUGAUGUUGGGUCAAUUAAUUGGAAUGUUUUGCCAAUUUUAAGUACUGUUAGUUUUGAUAAUGGUGUUAAGAAAAUCAAAAGUAUAACAAUUUCUGAUACUUCUUUGAUUGGAUUUUCCGGAUUUGAUAUUGAUUAUUUGGAUACUUUGAACAUCAACAAUAAUAGAUUUUUGGAAAGUAUAAAUGCCAAUUUAAAAGGUGUUAAAGAGAAAUUGACCAUUAGUGCUAAUGCUAAAAACAUUUUGGUUUCAUUGCCAAAUUUAGAGUGGGCCAAUAAUAUCACUAUUAGAGAUGUUUCAUCGAUUAAUUUAUCAAAUAUUGAAAGAGUUAAUGCAUCAUUUGAAUUGAUUGAUAAUAAUUUCCAAGCUGUGAAAUUUCCAAAAUUAUCAAAUGUUGGUGGUACUUUAAGUCUUAUUGAAAAUUAUAAUUUGAAAGAAGUUGAAUUCCCAAAUAUUAAUGAAAUUGGUGGUGGAUUGAUGGUUGUUAAUAAUACCCAACUUUCCAAAAUUAAUUUUUUCCCUAAAUUGAUGUCAAUUGGUGGAGCUAUUGAAUUCUAUGGUGAUUUUAAAGAUACCACUUUCAAUAAGUUAAGAUUGGUUAAAGGAAGUGCCAUUAUUCAUAGUAAAUCUGAUGCAUUAGAUUGUGGUAAAUGGACUCGUGGAUCUGAAGAAAAUAGUGGGUCAAUUGUUAGAGGUGGUAAAAUCAGUUGUAUUGCAGGUUCGAAGCAACAAGUUGUUAAAUUUGAUCAAGAAGGUGAAAUUAUUGAUGAAGAUAUUUCCAUAAUUGAUGAUGAAAAUAAGAAGGAUAGAACAAAUUUCCAAAACAGUGCAUCUAAUUUAAAAUUUAUGAAUCUUGGAUAUAAAGAAUUUUUAUUAUUAUCGAUUCUGAUGAUUGUUGUGUUGAACUGA